AUGUCUGUUAGAAAAACAAUAAUAUCAAAUUGUGAAAAGAAAUUCUUGUUAAAGAAUUUAGCAGAAUGGACAAGAUUAGAUGGAAGAGCAUUUGAUGAAUUUAGACCAGUCAAAAUAAAUUUCGGAAAAGAUUGGGGUUCUUGCCAUGUAUCUUUAGGUAAAACUAGUGUUUUAGCUCAAGUUUCAUGUGAAAUUCAACAACCAAAGUCUUCUAGACCAAGUGAAGGUGUAUUAAACUUGAACAUUGAAUUAAAUCCUUUAGCAGCACCACAUUUUGAAGCUGGACGACAGUCAGAUUUAUCAGUACAGUUGAAUAGGCUACUUGAAAAAUGUUUAAAAGAUUCAAAGGCACUCGAUUUGGAGUCUUUAUGCAUAAAAAUGAAUGAAAAAGUAUGGGCUAUCAGGGUAGACAUAAAUGUUCUAAACUAUGAAGGAAACAUUUUAGACUGUGCUUCUAUUGCUGCUUUAGCAGCACUAGCCCAUUUUAGAAGACCAGAUGUUACAAGCGAUGGAGAGGAGUUUAUUAUACAUAAUGUUCAGCAAAGGGAUCCCAUUCCAAUGGUAAUACAUCAUUAUCCAGUCUGUAUAACAUAUUCAGUGUUUAAUGGAGGUGAAUUUAUAAUAGCUGAUCCAACCCUGUUGGAAGAAGAAGUAGCAGAUGCAUUUAUGUCUAUUGGAUUAAAUGCUUACAAGGAGUUAUGUGGCCUUCACUUAGGAGGAAAAGCAGAGCUAAGUCCUGAUCUCAUUUUGAGUACAGCUUCAAAAGCUGCAAAUAGAGCGGGGCUUAUAGUACAGCAAAUUAAAGAAUGUAUCGAAAAGGACACACAACAAAGACUCUUAAGACAGAAACAAAGCUUUAGUAUAUUAGAUAUUACAAAUGAUUCAGUUUCGGGAGAUAUCGAAGCGCUUUUAGAUCCGUGGACUGCAAGUGAAAAGAAACAUAAGAAAAAAACUAAGAAAGAGAAAGAACAUAGUAAUAUGGUCGAUACAAAAAUUGAAAUUGAUAAACCCACUAACGGUGUAGAAUUAACAAAAAUUGGUGAAGGCACAGUUGCUUUAGUUCCAAUUGAAGAGAAAGAUGGUACUGCAAUAUGGGAAGUGAGUGAUAGCGAUGAUGAUGAUAAUGAUGAGGUUGUGGUGAUAGAAGUACCAAAACCAGUUGUUAAUUUGCUUGAUGUUAAUACCGAUAGUGAAGAAGAGGCAGUUACAAUCCUAAAUGCAGAUGAGAAAACAAAGAAAAAGAAAAAACAGAAACAGAAAAAAUAA